CAUUCACACGCGCCGAGAUGAAGCUGUUCGUGCUAGUCCUCUUCUGUUUAUCCAACGCUGUAGCCCAAGAAUACGCCGGCAACGCAAAUGAAUACUUGGACAAGGUGCUGGAGAACGCUAAGAAUGAGCCGAAGAUUCUUGCCCUGAUAGAUCCUCUGGUAUUGGACGAUAUCUCAUUCGAAGGAGGGGAAGCUACCGGUCUCCAUAUAUAUGGCCUCACAAGCUUAGAGCGGAGUGGACCCGCUUCGCUCGGGUUCCAAGGUAGUCAUCUAGUCAUCGAAGCUACCGUCGGCUUGGGGAAAGUGGCGGGCAUCGGUCGCUACAGAUAUCGGUUCAGCAGAUUGAUCAAAUUCAGUGGCGAUAUCGGGGCUCAGGUUGACAAACUCAGCUGUUCCAUCAAGCUCACGAUUCGGGGCACGCGAGCUCAUCUCGAGGAAUUCCACGUGACCGAUCUCACAGGUCUCAAGAUCACGAAGUUCAGCGGUGCCUCGGUGAUCUUCAACUGGCUGGCGAAAUGGAUCGUCAACCUCGUAUUGGACAAGAAGAGUUCGAUGAUCAGUAACACCAUCGAGGACGAGUCACGGGCUGCGAUUGAGAGCGCUUUCGAAAAAGUUGACAUCCGCAAUUUCCUCCCCUGAUAAAGCACUCGAAAUGAACGGGCCACUCUAUCGAGUCUGCAA